UGUUGGAUAAUAUAACUGUUCGGCCAGGUCAGCAAAAACAAAUUAGAUUGCUUUUUAUUUGAUCAUGGCGAAAAUUGCAGUUACAAUUGCAAUUGUUUUUGCUGUCUUGCAAUGUGCCGCUGCAGAUAAAAAGGAAAGCAAAAAGUACAGUCGUGAGGCAAACGAUCCACAUUUCAAGCAAGUUGUAGAAGAAAAAUAUGACCCCGACUUUAAGAACAUCCAGAGGCCAUACCGCAUGGCAAAAUUGAAUCUUCUGUGGUCCAAGGCUCAGAAUCGCUUGACAGAACCAAAGCUUAAAUCUUUGUAUAUGGAGCUGAAAAUUCAUGACAAGGAGGAGAUUGCCUGGAAGCAACUAAACUCCCAGCACAAAGACAAAGAUGGCCUAAAAGCUAAUGAUUUGCGGCUUAAGUUAAUUGGCAUCAUGAGUACUUACGAUUUGUUGGAACACUUUGAUGAUACCCAAGAUGCAGAAAAGUUGCAGCCUUUUAAGAAAUUUCAUGAUCCCGAGGAACGUCAUAGAAAUAAAAGCCUAUUUAAGGAUAAGAAAUUGAAUCGACUUUGGGAAAAGGCUGAAAUCUCCGGCUUUACUUCUGAGGAAUUAAAAUCUUUGAAGCAAGAAUUUGAACACCAUCAGGAUAAAGUAGAUGUUUAUUACAGCUUGUUGGAGAACAUUGGGUCAAUCGAUACAGAUAAGCAUGAGAAUGCAAUUAACACUGAAGAUUUGGAUAAUUACAACCUCAUUUCGAAUGAUGCCAACGAAAAUGAGAUAAAAACCCACGAACAGAAUGUGAAGAAAUUUGAAAACGAUCUGAAUACGCUACGAGGACAUCAUGUUGGCAUUAAGGAUCACUAUGACCGACUGGAGCGCUUGGUAUCGUCAGGUCCGCAUAGCCAGGACUUUAUUGAACCAAAAGUGCAAGGUUUAUGGCGCGUAGCAAUGGCAAGCAAUUUUACAGAAAAGGAACUAAACUCCAUUAAAACUGAAUUACAUCAUUUUGAGAGUCGCUUGCUGAAAUUGCGACAUUUACAUGCAGAACAUGCUUUACACAAGGAAAAGUAUAAGGACGAAAAGCACAAGGACAAAAGUAACCGUUUCGAAGACAUGGAGGAUCAGUUAAAGAAACAAACACGUAAAGUGGAAAAACUACAAGAGAAUAUUGAAAAAACCAUAUUCAAACAUUCUGAACUGUAGGCAGUGUGUGUGUACAACAAAGUGCCAAACGAAUAAAUUAGAUUUUAAGUACGAAAGUUUGUGUGAAGCACAAAAAAAUCUCUGAAUGCAAUUAAUAGAAAUUAUUAAUUUUUUUAUACCAAAUAUCAAUUGUAUUAAAUAAAUUCUCAUGAAGUUAUGUACAUAUUCAA